AUGUAUAAACUUCUUUCCUUUUUCUUUUUUAUUGCGGAAUUUUGUUCAUAUCUAUCUAUCUAUCUAUGUUCAUAUCUAUCUAUGUUCAUAUUUAUCUAUCUUCAUAUCUAUCUAUCUAUCUAUCUAUCUAUUUAUGUUCAUAUUUAUCUAUCUAUGUUCAUAUCCAUCUAUCUAUUUAUGUUCAUAUCUAUCUAUCUAUCUAUGUUCAUAUACAUCUAUGUUCAUAUCUAUCUAUCUAUGUUCAUAUCCAUCUAUAUUUCAUAUCUAUCUAUCUCUCUCUCUCUCUAUUUAUGUUCUAUAUAUAUAUAUAUAUAUAUAUAUAUAUAUGUAUAUAUAUUUAUGUUCAUAUCUAUCUAUCUAUCUAUUUAUCUAUCUAUCGACGUUCAUAUCUAUCUAUCUAUCGAUGUUCAUAUCCAUCUAUGUUCAUAUCUAUCUAUUCUAUCUAUCUAUCUAUCUAUUUAUGUUCAUAUCUAUCUAUCUAUCUAUUUAUUUAUCCGCGGCCUAGAAAGACUUUAUGAGAUAUUUUCAUAA